AUGGCGACCAAAGGUGAUGAAACAGAUCAACACUUGUUCGAGUACACAUCUGGCCGGUGGAUAUAUAACGAGUCGCUCCGCCGUGGUGAGAGAACCCUAGUCUUUAACGUCCAAGAGCUCAAACGCGUUGCCGCUGCCUCGGUCGAUCGGCAUGAGACCGAUAUCAAGAGCUUGAAGAAGCUUGCAGAAGGUGGAUUUAAUCGUGUCUUUGAAAUCACAAUGAAGGACGACGACACCCGGAUUCUCGCCCGACUACCCUAUCCUUCUACCGUCCCCAAACGGCUUGCUGUUGCGAGUGAGGUUGCGACGCUGGACCUGCUCCGCCGCCAUAAUAUCCCGGUGCCCAAGGUCCUUGGUUACUCCGCCGAUUUUGAUAAUUCUGUGGGUGCUGAAUACAUCCUUAUGGAGAACAUCAACGGAGCCCCGAUCGGGGAUUCAUGGUAUACGCUUUCAGACAAGCAACGAUUAAAAGUCCUGAUGGGAUUAGUCCAGCUUGAGGCACAGUUAUUUGCUGUCCAGCUCCCGGCAGCUGGCAGUAUAUAUUAUCGUCAUGAUUUACUCCCAGAAUUUAAGGACGUCGCCGUCAACCUGCCGCAGGGUUCUGGUGUUACUGAAUACCCGGAAUUCUGUGUUGGGCCGGACGUAUCUUUGAAGUGGUGGUAUGCGGAGCGCGCUUUGCUUAGUGACAUCAGUCGUGGGCCCCACUUGGACGCUGCUCAGUGUAUGGAGGCCGUGGCGAAGAAGGAACUGGCAUGGCUGAAGUCGUACGCCAAACCACGCUUUCCCUUUGAACGAGCAUACCGAGAAGCUACGAAUUAUCAAAAAUCGGCCCCGGAAGAAUACAUCAAAACACUUGAGAAGUACCUGAAGAUCGCGCCUUGUCUUGUCCCGAAGGACAAAGGCUUACAGCGGCCGGUCCUGCGCCAUCCCGAUCUCCAACCUAAUAACAUCUUUGUCAACAAGGACUUGGAUAUUGUUGGCCUGAUAGAUUGGCAGUACUGUUCCGCCCUUCCCCUCUUCCUCGCUGCCGGAAUUCCACAAUAUAUUCAGAACUAUGAUGAUGAGGAAUCACUUCGUUUCACCCCACCCAAAUUGCCUGAUAAUCUAGAUGAAAUGAGCCCUGCUAAGCGUUCUGCUGCACUGGAAACAUUUCGAAGACGACACCUACAUUUUUACUAUCUCGGAUUUACGCAACGCUUUAACCCCGAUCAUUUCAACGCUCUUGACUUAGACUCAAGCCGCCUGCUGGAACAGAAAACAUAUUCUCAUGCAGCUUCACCCUGGGAAGGGAAUAAUGCCCAACUGAAAGCGGAUUUGGUACGUAUCAUUCAAAACUGGAAUACUGUUGUUGCUUGCGCAGAGAGUCAACAGGUGGGCAACGACGACUCGUGUACACCUCAAUGCCCUGUGACCUUUGACCCAGUAGAAGCACAGGACGCGCUCCGCAUUGAAGGGCAGUAUGAAGAGAUGGACACCCAGCUCUCUCGGAUUCGAGAUGCGAUUGGAGUAAGUGUCGAUGGUUGGACAUUAAACGAAACGUUUGAAGAUACAGUUGCACGAGCACAAGAAUUCAAAAUGAUGGCAAUUGCCUCCGUCUCAGACAACAAAUUUGAUCAGGAGAUGACUGAGAAGCACUGGCCAUUUGACGACUUUGACGAAAACGAGUAG